AUGCCCAUCUCUCGGGCUCUUUUUCUAAGCGUUCUACUUUCCCUUGCUUUUACAGCAUAUGCAGAAACGCAUUACCAUGAGUUCAAAGUUCAAGAACAAGCGGCCAGGAGGCUAUGUAGAAACCAUCGAAUAGUUACGGUUAACGGGCAAUUUCCAGGACCGACUCUCGUAGUACAAAAUGGGGAUAGUCUCGUUGUCAAAGUCACGAAUGCCGCACCUUACAACGUCACGAUGCACUGGCAUGGAGUACGUCAACUGCGAAACCCAUGGGCAGAUGGACCAGAAUAUGUGACCCAAUGCCCGAUCCGGCCUGGAGGAAGUUACACAUACAGGUUCACCAUAACAGACCAGGAGGGAACAUUAUGGUGGCAUGCUCAUAGCCGAUGGCUACGAUCUACGGUCUAUGGUGCACUCGUGAUCCGCCCUAAGUCGGGUUCUUCGUACCCUUUUCCAAACCCCAAAAUCGAGUUUCCUGUUGUUCUAGGCGAAUGGUGGGAUAGAAAGGUUAUCAGUGUCCUACGACAAGCGUUAUUCACUGGCGCAGCUCCGAACGUUUCAGAUGCUCUCACGAUUAACGGACAACCCGGUGAUCUUUWCAGAUGUUCUACCCAAGGUACUACGAAACUUUCGGUGAACAAAGGCGAUACGGUUCUUCUCAGAGUCAUUAACGCUGCACUCAAUCAACAACUCUUUUUCAGCGUGGCGAACCACAAACUAACCAUAGUCGCGACCGAUGCUGUUUACACCAAGCAAUUUACAACCAAUGUGAUCAUGGUUGGGCCUGGUCAAACCACGGACGUCCUCCUGACUGCUGAUCAGCAACCUGGGCGUUACUACAUGGCUGCACGAGCCUAUGCAAGUGCUAGAAAURCUCCAUUUGACAACACCACCACCACAGCUAUCUUAGAGUACAAAUCCACCACUUCUCAGCCAAUAUUACCACAACUUCCAGCCUACAACGACACCAACACAGUCACCGCAUUCUCGAACCAAUUAAAAAGUCUUGGUAAAGUAACGGUUCCUACUAAAAUAGACGAAAACCUUUUUUUCACAAUGGGAUUCGGGUUCUUUAACUGCACUCCUGGACCUAGAUGUCAAGGACCGAAUAACACACGGUUUGGAGCUAGUAUGAACAACGUGUCAUUUGUACUGCCAAACCGGGUAUCGUUACUUCAAGCUUAUACACAAAAGAUUCCGAAUAUCUACACACCCGACUUUCCGCCUGUACCACCUCUACAAUUCGAUUACACUGGCAAUGUUCCUCGUGGGCUGUGGCAACCAGUUAAGGGAACGAAACUUUACAAUCUCAAGUUCGGUUCUAACGUGCAGAUCGUGCUGCAAGAUACGUCCAUCUUCUCAACCGAAGAUCAUCCGGUUCAUCUCCAUGGUUAUCAUUUCUAUAUCGUUGGUCAAGGUUUUGGUAACUUCAAUCCUUCAAGUGAUCCUGCAAACUUCAAUCUCGUUGAUCCACCACAAAGGAAUACAAUCGACGUCCCAGUUGGGGGAUGGGCAGCCAUCAGAUUUGUAGCUGAUAAUCCAGGAGUUUGGCUGAUGCACUGUCACAUAGAUACACAUCUGGCAUGGGGUUUUGCAAUGGCUUUCAUCGUUGAAAAUGGAGUUGGGGAAUCUGAAACAUUACUGCCUCCUCCUUCUGAUCUACCUCAAUGUUAAGAUCAUUCAUUACACCAUUUCUAUGUUUGUGUGACGUCAUCAAGUGCUUCUGUUUAAUUUUUUUCCUCUCUUUUUCUUUCUUUCUUCUUUUGCUUAGCUAAUGGAGCAAAGUAUAUAGCAGUGUUCAUGGGUUUUAGGGUUCAUCAUAUCCUCUUAAUCCAUACAUUCUUGUGUGCAAGCAAAUAGAGAAUGAUUCAUCGAUCAGUUGAUCAUAUAUAUGUAGAAGUUGGUCAUGUGUUCUUCAGUUCUUGUACCUAUAAAAUACUAAAUGCUACAUCCAAUUGAGUUGUUGUUCU